CAGCCUGUCUGGCUGGUUGACAGGAGUGUAGUUUGGAGAGAAGAGGGGACACGCUGAUCAAACUCAAGGCACCGGACUCACCGUCAAUAUAACCGAAUGGUGGUGACCUAACAGAGAUGGCCGGUUCAGGAGUGUGUUGUGCCAGCCUGGAGGAGCCCAAGAGCCUGAUGAAGAUGGGUCUGUGCAUGGUCCUCAUCGGCCACGUUAACUUCCUGUUGGGAGCGCUGGUGCACGGCGUGGUGCUCAGACACAUCAACCUCAACAAGCAGGCGUGGGCCAUGGAGUACGCCAUCUCCAACGUGGUCGCUCUCACCUCUGGCCUCAUAGGAAUUCUUGUUGGCAUUCUGGCUAUUAUCCUGUCUAAAAACAAGAAGAGUAGAGGCCUGACGUGGUCCCUCUUCUCCGUCGGCCUAGCUGCAGCUCUCAUGGCGGCGGCCUCCGCCGUCGGACUCUCUGUGUCCGUGGUGUGGGCCGCCAUUUACGGGGAGCAGAGCCUCCUGACUCACUGCCACUUCCCCGACGCUGCCGGCUACUCCAGCGUUAGCGACGAGUGUUCUUUUGACCCCACACGCGUCUAUAGUACCACUCUGAUCCUUUGGGUGCCUCUGAUCGUGACUUGUGUCACCCAGACGGUGUUUUCAUCCCGGUGCUCGGCUGUCUGCAUUUCAUUCCUGGGUUUAUCUUGCUGCCCUACCAGGAAGAGAAGCAGGAGGGACUAUGGCAGAGCGAUCAAUGUGGUGAGGCCGAUGGAGGAAGCCUCUCCCUCUCGCAACAAUGACCCUCCAAGAAGCUACACUCAAUCUCCAACGUGUUACAAUGACCCUCCAUCCAGCUAUAAUGACCCUCCAAGGAGCUACACUCAAUCUCCAACGUGUUACAAUGACCCUCCAUCCAGCUAUAAUGACCCUCCAAGGAGCUACACUCAAUCUCCAACGUGUUACAAUGACCCUCCAACCCGCUACACUGAACCUCCAAGAAGCUACACUCAAUCUCCAACCCACUACACUGAACCUCCAAGAAGCUACAUUCAAUCUCCAACCAGCUACACUGAACCUCCAAGAAGCUACCGCCAACCUCCAAGACGGAACACUGAACCUCCAAAACAGCAUCACAGACCUCCUCCCCCUCCACAGCGUCUUCCCCAUCAACAUCGGAGCCUCCCUCCCUCGGAGAGGGGGCCUCUUCACCAGCCGCACAGAGAAAGGUCAGAAGAAGAAAGGCUAACAACGAGGGUUGGCAGCCAGCAAAGGCCACCGCAGCAGCACCAACUGCUGGAGAGGGGUACCCAUGAAAGGUCCAGCUUCUGGAUUUAGACAUAUUUGACAUGCAAGAGCUUCUUGAAGACCAAAAUGCUGUGAGGGUAUCUACUGUAUAGCUAGCUCCAAUGCUUGGAUUCAAAUAUCGUACUCCACAACCCUAUUGUCCUGUCAGUACUUCAUAACUAUGAACUCAGAGCUGGAGAUGUUUCAUUACGCAGUGCCGAUGCAUUCAUUUUCUAAGGCCCAGGCUGUUUGCACAAUGUGCAGGAUCCCGGUUAUGUGUCUGUUCUUGUAUAUCUGUACAUAUGAGGGUCAAAAAAUAAUAUUCACGUCAGGAUAGACAGAUGAGGCAAAUCCUUGCCUGUACAAGAAUUCAUUCAGAGUUAAAAGAAUAGUUGGACAUUUUGGGAAAUGUACUUUGACGCUUUCUUGUCGAGAGUGAGAUUAGAAGAUUGAUAGGACUAUGUCUGUGCGGUUAGAACAUGCUUAGCUUAGCAUAAAGACAGAAAGCAGGGGGGGAAACCACUAGCUUGGCUCCGCCCAAAGUUAAAGAAACACCUAGCAACAACUCUAAAGCUCACUACUCAACAUGCUAUAUCUUUAUUUAAUCUAUCUUGUUUAUUUAAUCUAUAAAAUAAGUGUCAAAGUGUAAAAACAAAUGUCAAUUCAUGGCCGGGAGAAAAUCGUUUUUUUACACUUCAGUUGAUGUACAAAGUCAGGUGGUUGCUUAGCUUAGCAUAGCAUAUCAUGAAACUGGAACCAGGUAGAGAAACGGCUAGCCUGGCUCUGUCCAACGUUACAAAAAAAUAUUCCUACUUGCACCACUAAAGCUCACUAAUUAAUAUUUUCACGUUUGAUUAAUUUGUACACAAGCAGAAAUGUAAAACCAGUUUUUUAAAACAAUGCCAGGCUAGCUGUUUUCCCCUGCUUUGUCUUUAUGCUAAGCUAAGCUAAUCAGGUCUCUUCACAUUUGGCGCACAGACAUGCAAGUUGUAUAUCGAUCUUCUUCUUCUCGAUAAGAAAGCAAAAAUGUGUAUUUCCUAAUAUAAUAAGUAUAUAAUAAUCCAUAUAAUGGAGACAGGUACAGUAGAAAUAGGAAGAAAAAGAUUCUCACAAGUGAAGAAAUGCAGUGUGCAGAGUGUGUUGGUGUGGGUGUGCCUCCGAGCUUUAAUCCGUUUUCGUUGCCUGUGUGAGUAAUUGAGAAUUGAGAAAGUGUGCGCACGUUUUUUGUUUUCUGCUGUUAGGUAUUUAUUUUGACAAGUUAAGUCGACAAGUAAAUAAAACUUUUUAUUCAAAAU